CUUCCCUCUCCCAGUAUCCUCUUUUGUGUUCAUUGCAUUAUUAUUCUUCCCUUCCAUCUCUUGGUUAAGAGAUGGCAACAAAAGAUGCAAAUCAGCCAUUGUUUCCUAUGCCUUUUCCAGCCAUCUUCUUUAUUUUCUCAAUCUUUUUUGGGUUUGGAAUAACCCUCUCUCAGGCUGCUUCCCAAACUAGACACUUCAAAUGGGAAGUUGAGUACAUGUUUCGGUCCCCUGAUUGUAAAGAAAACCUCGUCAUGGGAAUCAACCACCAGUUUCCCGGACCAACGAUUAGAGCCAAUGUUGGUGACACUAUCGUUGUAGAGUUGAUUAACAAGCUCUCCACUGAAGAUGUUGUUAUUCAUUGGCAUGGAAUCCUACAGAAGGGAACUCCCUGGGCCUGAUAAUAUAACUCAUGUCUCUACAUUUUCUAAAUCGUAAAAGUAGCAAAUUUAAAAGUAGAUCCUUUCGUUGAUAAGUCGAUACUCAUAAAUGGAAGAGGGCAAAGCAAUUGUUCAAUUGGAGCUAAAUACAUGAAGAAUAUGGAGCAGUGUAAGUUGAGUGGAAGUGAAGGAUGUGCACCUUUUAUCCUCAAAGUCAAACCCAAUAAGACUUAUCGGAUCAGAAUUAUAAGCACCACUUCACUCUCAGCCCUCAAUUUUGCCAUCGGGAAUCACAAACUGCUAGUGGUAGAAGCAGACGGCAACUACGUUCAACCAUUUCUAACCUCCGAUAUCGACAUUUAUUCCGGUGAAUCCUACUCCGUCCUCAUCAACACCGACCAAAACCCAUCGCAAAACUACUGGGUUUCCCUCGGUGUACGCGGCCGUGAACCCAAAACCCCUCCAGGCCUAACACUACUCAACUACCUCCCCAACUCCUUCUCCAAAUUACCCAUUUCUCCCCCACCCGAAACCCCCAAAUGGAACGAUUACGACCGAAGCAAAAACUUCACAUACAGAAUCUUAGCAGCCAUGGGCAGUCCAAAGCCACCGGUAAAAUCCACCCGCCGCAUCUUCCUCCUCAACACCCAAAAUAAGAUGAACGGCGGAUAUACAAAAUGGGCGAUCAACAACGUCUCUUUAACCCUCCCCUCAACGCCGUAUCUCGGCGCCAUUAAAAUCGGGAUAAACGACACCUUCGACCAAAAUCCCCCACCGGAAACAUACCCAGAAAACUACGACAUCCACAAGCCACCACCGAACGGAAACACCAUCACCGGAAACGGCGUUUACCGGUUCCAAUUAGGGGAAAUCGUGGACGUUGUUCUACAAAAUGCAAACACAUUGAACGACAAGCAUAGCGAGAUUCACCCUUGGCAUUUACACGGCCAUGAUUUUUGGGUUUUGGGGUAUGGAGAGGGGAAAUUUUCCGCUGCUGUGGAUGAGACGAAAUUGAAUCUGAAGGACCCGCCGUUGAGGAAUACGGUGGUCAUUUUCCCAUUUGGGUGGACGGUGCUUCGAUUUGUGGCUGAUAAUCCAGGGGUUUGGGCUUUUCAUUGCCACAUUGAACCUCAUUUGCAUAUGGGAAUGGGGGUUGUCUUCGCCGAAGGAGUUGAUAAGGUUGGGAGAAUUCCAACGCACGCUAUGGCCUGCGGCGGCACUGCCAAAGCUCUUAUUCAGAACCCCACACAAAAGCCCUAGAAUUACUCUAGAAAUGUGGCUGUUUAGGGUUUGUUGAAGUAAUUUACUCUAUUCUCGUGUUAUGUUUGUGGGCGCACUUUUCUUUCUUUCUUUAAGCCGCGUUAAAUUAUGCUGUACUUUGGAGUUUGUUCAAUUUUAAUUUUCCACUUUUAAGAAAAUUUUAAAUUUAGUA